UGGUGGUGGCUUUCAGCAAAAUGUUGACUCAUUGUAGUUGACCUUAGACUUAGCAAAAGUAAACAUACAUUCCUUUUUGAAUCCUCAUUCAAUUUGAUACAUGAGCUUCAAAUCCAUAGCAUUCACAGUUUUUCGCUGAUCAUAUAUCUUUUUUCCACUGAAAAGUGAAAAGAUAGUAAAUUGUAUCCAAUUGAUCUCUAGUAGGGAGUUGAAAUAUGGCUGUAGCAGAGGUGUUUCUUUCAGCAUUCAUCACUGUGUUGUUUGAGAAGUUAGCUUCUGGGGAGAUUUUGAACUUUGCAAGAAAAGAAGGAAUCCAGUUUCAGCUCAAGAAAUGGAGCAGAACAUUGUCCAAGAUUCUGGCAGCGCUUGCUGAUGCUGAAGAGAAGCAAAUCACUGAUAAAGCUGUGAAAUUGUGGCUAGAAGAUCUCAGGGACUUGGCUUAUGACUUGGAUGAUGUUCUUGAUGAGGUUUCCACAGAGAUUUUCCGGCGCAAAAUGAUGACAGAAUUUAAUUCCAAGAGAAGUAAGUUACAAAAACUGAUCCCUACUUGCUGUACCAGUUUGACUCCUAGUACUUUGAAGUUUAACCAUACUUUAGAGUCCAAGCUAGGGAAGAUCAACUCUAGAUUACUAGAGAUGGCACAGCAGAAAAUUGAUUUAGGCUUGAGUGAAAAUAAUGGAGGGAGGUUUAGUUUUAUUAGAAUGAGAGAACGGAUGCCUACAACUUCCUUAGUGGAUGAAUCUAGAGUUUAUGGCCGUGAAAAGGAUAAGCAUGCCAUUCUUGAUUUAUUGCUGAGUAAUCAGGGAAAUUGUGAUUUUGAAGCUUGCAUCAUUCCAAUUGUUGGAAUGGGUGGUGUUGGCAAGACAACCCUUGCUCAACUUGCAUACAAUGAUGCCAAAAUUAAUGAUUGCUUCGAUUUGAAGAUUUGGGUCUGUGUUUCUGAAGUUUUUGAUGUAUUGGGCAUAACCAACUUGAUUUUUGAGUCUGUGGCACCCGAAAGUAGAGAGAUUAAGGGCUUGGAUAUGCUUCAAGUAAGUUUAAAGGAGAAGCUUUCGAAGAACAGGUUUCUUCUUGUACUUGAUGAUGUAUGGAAUGAGAAUUACGGAAUGUGGGAUCUCCUUCUGAGUCCCUUGCGAGUUGGACUGCCUGGAAGUAAAAUUGUUGUCACGACGCGCAAUGAGGGUGUUGCAUCUGUUAUGAGUUCUGUUACUCCUUAUCGAUUGAAGGAGUUAGCAAGUAGUGAUUGCCUAUCAUUAUUCUGUCAGCAUGCUUUGGGUUCAAUAAAUUUUGAUGCACAGCCGGACUUGAGGAUGAUUGGUGAGAGAUUGGUGAAAAAAUGUAAAGGCUUGCCUUUGGCUGCAAAGACUCUUGGUGGUCUCUUGCGAACAAAAUCAAGGCCAAAGGAGUGGGAAGAUAUACUAAAUAGCAAGAUAUGGGAUUUACCUGAAGAAAAAAGUGACAUUCUUCCUGUUUUACGGUUGAGCUAUUAUCAUCUCCCUUCUGAUUUGAAGCCCUUGUUUGCAUACUGCUCAAUAUUUCCGAAGGAUUAUGAGUUUGACAAGGACGAGCUUAUUUUGUUGUGGAUGGGGGAAGGAUUCUUGCAGCAAUCAGAAGGAAAGAAAAUACUUGAAGAAUUGGGUGAUGAAUGCUUUAAUGAGCUGUUAUCGAGGUCAUUUUUCCAACAUUCUAGUGGUAAUGAAUCAAGAUUCAUGAUGCAUGAUUUAAUACAUGAUUUAGCCGAGUUUGUUGCUGGAGACAUAUGCUUUAGGUUGGAUGAAAGAUCAGAGGGUACACAAAGGACAACAAAUUGUCAGAAGGCGAGACAUUCAUCUUAUGUUCGUCGGCAGUAUGAAAUUUUUAAAAGGUUCAGUUCCCUCCAUGCCGUUCAAGGUCUAAGGACAUUUUUACCCUUAGAGGUUCAGAAGUUAGAAGGUUGGCAGAAGUCCUACAUAUCAAAAGGCUUAUUGGAUUUCCUACCUAAACUACGUUCCUUGAGAAUUCUGUCAUUAAGUGGAUAUUGCAUAGCUGAGCUACCAAACUCCGUUGGUGAUUUGAUACAUUUGCGCUUCCUUGACUUAUCGGAGACAUCAAUUAAGCAGCUACCAGAAUCAAUUUGUUCUCUCUAUAAUCUACAGUCCCUUUUGCUGUGUGGUUGCUACAGACUCACUAAGUUGCCAGCAACAUUAGGAAAUCUAAUCAACCUCAGACAUCUUAAUAAUGCUGACACCGAGCAAUUACAAGAGAUGCCCACAGGAAUCUAUAAGUUGACAAGUCUGCAGACUCUCCACAAAAUGGUAUUAGGCAGAAGUAAUAGCUUGAAACUGUGGGAGCUAAAAAGCCUGUCGAAUCUCCAUGGAACACUUGCCAUUACGGAGUUGCAGAGUGUCACUGAUACUACAGAUGCAAGGGAAGCUGAUUUAGCUUCUAAAAAAGGCAUUGAUGAGUUGGUGAUGGAAUUCAACAAAGAUUUUGAUGGUUCAAGGGAUGCAAGACUUGAAAAGGAUGUUCUUGAACUAUUACAACCUCAUGGGAACUUGGGAAGACUCAGUAUACUGUUUUAUGGGGGAAUAGAAUAUCCAAGUUGGAUAAGCCCGGGCUUGCUUAAAAGCUUAACUCAUUUGACAUUAGGUGGUUGUAGAAGCUUCACCUUGCCAACACUUGGGCAGCUGCCGCUUCUUGCAGAAUUGUAUGUUCAUGACAUGCCAUGUGUGAAAAGGGUAGGUACUGAGUUUUGUGGAGGUGAUGAUCCCUUAAAUUUGGGUUUUCCAGCACUGGAAGUUCUGAGGUUUGAAAACUUGCCGGAAUGGGAGGAAUGGUACAUUUCGCUCAGCAAUGCGUUUCCUCGACUCCAUGAGCUUAGCAUAUGUAAUUGUCCCAAAUUGAGUGUUGUUUCUCUCUCUAAUUUUCCAGUACUUCGUGAGCUGAAUUUAGAUGAAUGUAACGUGCAAGUCCUUAGAAGCAUUUUUGGCAUCUUUUCCGUAAAGGUCCUGAAAAUUCGCUGUGUUUGGGGACUCAGUCUACUAUCUAAAGAGUUAACACAGUAUCUGGGGUCACUUGAAGAUUUGGAUAUAACUGAGUGUGGGGAUCUGAUAUCACUGUGGGAUGGUAAAUCUUCAAUAGAACAUCUCAGUAAUCUGAAAAAUCUGGGAAUUUCUAAGUGUCCCCAACUGAAGUGCUUGUCACUAGAAGAGAAUGCAUUGCCUCAGACACCUGAAUCUUUGUCCAUAUGUGAGUGCUCUAAUUUUGAGAAUCUUCCCUGUGGAUUUGACAACGCAUUAUCUCUCAGACAGUUGCGCAUCAGAUCAUGCCCGAAAAUUGUCUCACUUGAUGUUGCUGAGCUAUCUACCAUGCUUAAACGAGUUGAAAUUGCACAUUGUGUGGCUUUGGAGACCUUGCCUCAUCGGAGCCAUUGUCUUGAGGAGCUCAAGAUUGACGGCUGCCCAUCACUCAGAUCCAUUUCAACUCACAGACUGCCAACUACUCUUAAGGUACUCCAAAUUGAUAAUUGUAGGGAGCUCGCUUCAGUUUCAGAUACAUUGCUGCAGGGAAGCAGUAGUUUCGAACGUCUCAGGAUUUCUAAUUGGCCAAGUUUCACCGUGUUACUGAGAUCUGUAGAAAGAAUGCCAACUUUAUUUUCAUGUCUUGUCGAAUUGCACAUAAGUCGUUGUGAUACUCUAGAGUCUUUCCCACAUGGUUGCUUGCCUUCCCAUAAUCUGAGAAGCCUUUCAAUCUGGAGCUGCAGCAAUCUCCACAAACUGCCUGAUCAGAUUGGAGGCCUUACAUCACUUGAGUCCCUGAUGCUACAUGAUUGUACCAGUCUCGAGUCAUUUCCUGAGCAGGAGUUGCCUCCCAACUUAACUUCACUUUGGGCCAGCAGCUGUCACACACUCAAACCUCUAUCAGAAUGGGGUCUGCACAAGCUCACCACUCUCCAAAAGUUGACAGUCAUUGAUGGAUUCAUGGAUCUCGUUUCAUUUCCCGAUGAUUGCGUGCUUCCAUCCAGUUUAACCUCACUUUGGCUUGGUAGACUCUGCAAUCUUGAAUCUCUUUCCAAGGGACUCGUAAAUCUGUCUUCUCUAGAGCAUCUGCUAAUAAGGGACUGCGCCAAGCUUCGUCACUUGCCUAAUCAAGAGUUGCUUGAUACAAUCUCAUAUCUGGAAAUUCGAGGCUCGCCACUUCUAAAAGAAAAGUGCUUGAAGGAGAAAGGAGAAUACUGGUUGAAGAUAGCAAACAUUCCGUGCGUACAUAUUGACGGUACUCUGCUUCAUGAACAAAAUUCAUAGUUGAGUGCAUCUAUUUCAUGUCUUUACGUGAAGUCUCUUAGCGUUGAUACGUCAUUCGUCUAUCAUAUUAUCACUUUGUAUAUAUGCAACUACUCUUUCUUAACUUCCCAUUUUGGUUUAGUGUUACAUUGAUAAUAAUAAGGCACAUUAAACACA